AACGACCGACGCAAGAUGGCAAGUAAAGAGAUGUUUGAAGAUACUGUGGAGGAGCGUGUCAUCAACGAAGAAUAUAAAAUCUGGAAGAAGAAUACACCGUUUCUGUAUGACCUGGUUAUGACUCAUGCUCUUCAGUGGCCCAGUCUUACCGUUCAGUGGCUUCCUGAAGUGACUAAACCAGAAGGAAAGGAUUAUGCCCUUCAUUGGCUAGUGCUGGGUACUCAUACAUCUGAUGAGCAGAAUCAUCUGGUGGUUGCUCGAGUUCAUAUUCCCAAUGAUGAUGCACAGUUUGAUGCUUCCCAUUGUGACAGUGACAAGGGAGAAUUUGGUGGCUUUGGUUCUGUAACAGGAAAGAUUGAAUGUGAAAUUAAAAUUAAUUAUGAAGGAGAAGUAAAUCGUGCUCGCUAUAUGCCACAGAAUCCUCACAUCAUUGCCACAAAAACACCAUCUUCUGAUGUUUUGGUUUUUGACUAUACAAAACACCCUGCAAAACCAUAUCCAAGUGGAGAAUGUAAUCCUGAUCUUAGAUUAAGAGGUCACCAAAAGGAAGGCUAUGGUCUUUCCUGAAAUUCUAAUUUGAGUGGACGUCUCCUGAGGGCAUCUGAUGACCAUACUGUCUGUCUGUGGGAUAUAAAUGCAGGAACAAAGGAAGGCAAAAUUGUGGAUGCUAAAGCGAUCUUUACUGGCCACUUACCUGUUGUAGAGGAUGUGGCCUGGCAUCUGCUGCAUGAGUCCUUGUUUGGAUCUGUUGCUGAUGAUCAGAAACUUAUGAUAUGGGACACCAGAUCCAACACCACUUCUAAGCCAAGCCAUUUGGUGGAUGCACACACUGCUGAGGUCAACUGCCUCUCAUUCAAUCCCUACAGCGAGUUCAUUCUGGCAACUGGUUCUGCAGAUAAGACUGUAGCUUUAUGGGACCUGCGUAAUCUGAAACUGAAACUCCACACCUUCGAAUCACAUAAGGAUGAAAAUUUCCAGGUCCACUGGUCUCCACAUAAUGAAACUAUUCUGGCUUCAAGUGGUACUGAUCGCCGCCUGAAUGUGUGGGAUUUAAGUAAAAUUGAAGAACAAUCAGCAGAAGAUGCAGAAGAUGGCCCUCCAGAGCUCCUGUUUAUUCAUGGAGGGCACACUGCCAAGAUUUCUGACUUCAGUUGGAAUCCCAAUGAACCUUGGGUCAUUUGCUCUGUGUCUGAAGAUAAUAUCAUGCAGAUAUGGCAGAUGGCUGAAAAUAUUUACAAUGAUGAAGAGUCAGAUGUCACGACCUCGGAACUGGAGGGGUGAGGAUCUUAAACCCAAAGUAUGCGUUGUUUCUAUUGAAUGUAUUACUACAUGAAUGCUUGAUUUGUCACGCACCAAAAAGGCAUUGUAUAGUAGGAAAUGUAAGUGGGAUGGCUUCUGGCAUUCUUUACCCUCUGAUUCUAGCACUUUCAAGUGAGCUGUUGCGUACUGUAUCAUAUUGUAGCUAUUAGGGGAGAAAAAGGAAUGUUGCUUAAGAACGGACAUCAUUGUUUUAAAACACACAUUGCUGGGUA